AUGGAUCCACCAUUAAGUAAAGAAAGGCUACCGCUAACAAACGUUUCCAACAAUGUCCAUCCACGAUCAUGUAAAACCAGCAAAGAAUGCGAUGAUCCCCCGGAAGAACUACGGAAAACGAUUACCCAUGUUAACGAAGAAAUUUUCUUCAUGCACCGCACGGACCAACAUAGAGGAACCGAAGAAGUAGAUGGCAAUCCUUUCAAUCUACUAUCCGAUGAAGUUUUGCUGCAGAUAUUGAAAUGGCUUCCCAAAAAGACACUACUUGAUUGUGGCCUAGUGAAUCGUCGGCUCAAUCGUGUGACAAAAGACGAAACGCUUUGGUAUAGGUUAGAUCUCAGCAAUCGAACGCUCCAGCGCCAUGGGCUGUUGGAGGUGCUUAGCCGUGGUGUCGUUGUGCUGCGCUUAGCACAAACACACAUCGCUGACCCUAUCCCGGACAGCUGUCUGGACAUUCCCCCAGGGAUAAAGGUACAGUUUUUGGAUCUCAGCAUGUGCACUAUCAGUAAACCAAUACUGCACGCGCUGCUAGCGAGUUGUCGUGCUUUGGUAAAGCUUAGCCUAGAGAACGUUCCCCUGGAUGGAGGAAUAUGUGCAGAAAUAGCCGAAAAUCGGCGGCUAGAUACGCUGAAUCUCACCAUGUGCUCAGGCAUUGAUACGGCUGGAAUGCACCUGAUGGCAACGGCGCUAACGAAACUGCUCAAUCUGAACGUAAGUUGGACGAACUUAAGCUCUGAAGCAGUGCAGGAACUGGUAAAAAAUCUAACGCCACAGAUUAUGCACCUUAACAUAGCGGGAUGCAGAAGUACAUUGCAUGAUGAGGCGGUGGCAGUUAUAGUUAAACGCUGUCCAAGACUAGUCGCGUUGGAUCUUUCCGAUUGUACACUGCUAACGGAUGGGUCAAUAAAAACGCUAUGCAGAGCACGUAAGAUAGAGUACCUGUCGGUGUCGCGAUGCUACAAUAUUCCUUUACCGUCGUAUUUGCUUCUGUCGGAACUAAAUACGCUUAAGUAUUUGGAUGUAUUUGGGCUAGGUUCUGACCAGAUGAUCGAAGCACUGAAACACUCGUUGAGUGACGUUGGAAUCAAUAAGUAUUAUCACAGUGCCGUUGCACGGCCUACGGUCGGCAGCAAAAGAACUUCGAUCUGGGGUCUCAGAACGCGUGAUUAA